AUGCUGUACAUAGCUACAACUCAAGCAAGACUCCCCUCUGACGCGCCCCUGGAAGUGCCGACAAGUUCGACGUUUCAACAACUUCAGAAGAUCUAA